UUUUCUUAAAUGUUAAAAUAUUUUCUUAAAUGUUAAAAUGUUUUCUUAAAUGUUAAAAUGUUUUCUUAAAUGUAAAUUAGUCUCCAGUUAUAUAAAAGUGUUUCCCACUCUGAUAGUAAACACGGCUCACGGGCCCGUGAUCGCCGGCGUGAUCGGAGCCACCAAACCUCAGUACGACAUCUGGGGCGUGACGGUGAACGUGGCGAGCAGGAUGGAGAGCACGGGGGUCAACGGGAGGAUUCAGGUCCCCGAGACCACCAGCUGCAUCCUGAUGGAGCGAGGCUUCCUACGGCAGCUCAGAGGGAACAUUUACAUCAAAGGCAUCAGUGAACGCCACGGGAAGCAGGUGGAGCUGUUUCAUCAAAGUGACUGAAACUGAGACCAGCGCUACUUAGGAAGAUUUCUGAAUGAUUUCUAAAGAUGAACCUGCACGUCGUCUGGAUUCAAUAAAACGUUUGAACAUGGAGAAGAAGAAAGUUUGAAAGGAGUUCACCUGGACUCACAAAGGACGUAAAAGAGAGAAGAAGAAGAAGAAGAAGUGACUUUGAGGUUUCCUCCUGUUCAUGUAAACAUCAUCUCAUCUCCUCCACUGGAUAAAAAGAAGGUUUUACUGUAAACCUGAAAACAGGUUGAGAUUUUCCUGCAGUACUUAAACGCAUCACAGCCAUGACUUUUCCCUUUCUAGUUUCCUUUAGUGAAUAAAACACUUCAAUGUUUGUCUGAA